AUGAUCGCCACAGCCACCAAGGAGAAGGUAUCGUACAAAAUUCUGGUUAUCGGCGAUCCGGGUACAGGAAAAACAUCAAUUAUUAGGCGUUUUGUACACAACGUUUUCACUGCCAACUACAAGGCAACUGUGAGUUGUUGUGAACUUUUUUUUAGAUAUGAUUUACGGAGGAUUAUUAGAGUUUUAAACUAAGCAAUACAUCAGAUUUUAUUAAACUAGGAUAAAUUUCAUAGAACAUGAAGAGUAGAACUCAGUACUAUUUUUAUCGUCAGCUAAAAAAAACGACUAUGAAAGCUUUUCCUUACGCAUAAUUUUUUUUCUGAUUUUGAUUUUUUUUUCCAAGUGAACGGCUAUUUGGCUGAAUUCACAGCUGGAUUACGGUCUCUGAACUUUUCUGCUAAAAAUUUUCUGCCCUCUUAUAAUUUUCUCUCAAAAGAUGAAGAAAACUCCAAUUGAUCUAGUAAUUUUUCAAACUGCUUUGUUUUUCAGAUCGGUGUAGACUUCGCAUUGAAAGUUCUGGCGUUGGAUGAAAACAGCGUCGUUCAUUUGCAGAUUUGGGACAUUUCAGGUGUGUUUCCCAGUUAUUUUGUUUCUUCUUUCCUUACGAAAAUUACUCGGAAAAUAAGGAAUUUAUUCGUAGUACUUAUAUUUACAAACAUUUGGUAAAAAAACUUCUAGACAAGAUUGAAAAAAAAUGAAAGCUAGGAGGAUAGGAGCACCGAAACCCAUACGAAAACUACCAAAAUGGGCGGAUCCCCAGUCGUGAGCAACACAUGGUCAUUGGAAAGUGAAAUAGGCAUCGGCUGCUUGGUCAGACAGCUUCAAAAAAUAAACCAGUCGAUGGGCGAGUGGAUCGAAACAUCCAAGAAAAGCUCUCCGUUCUCACUUGGAGCCGAUAAGGACGAUUUUCAGAACCUCAUUCUAUAG